AUGAAUCUCAUUCCAUUGACGUCCUCGAGGGUGGCAUGUCGCGUAUUCCUUGUGCUUGCUAUUGUAUCUCUUCUAUCACUUUGCCCGGGGCGCGCGGAUGAUGGCGGGGUUGCGGUUUGGGUGAACCCCGGAAAGAAGGUGUGCUUUUACGAGGAUGUGCGCGAGGCCGGCGCGCAUGUGUUCCUCCAUUACACCGUCAACGAUGGUGGGAUGUUGGAUAUCGUGGCGAAUGUGCGGGGCCCGGACGGGUCGACUUUGUGGACCUCCGAGAAAGGAUCCGGACAGCGCGUGCUCUUCAAAUCCCGCAAGGCCGGCGCGCACAAGUUCUGCUUUUCCAAUGAAAUGAGCACGGUAUCGGAGAAGGUGGUGGCGUUUUCGGUGCUGGUUGGGGCGGUGGAUACGUUCGGGAGCGGGUCCGGGCAGGAAAAGCCGAAGGAUGUGCUGCAGCGAAGGGUCUUCCGCAUUCAGCAGAGUUUGCGCGAGAUUGAGGAGCUGCAGAGUUUUCUCCGCACGCGGGAGCGGGAGCAUCGCGCGACGAUCGAGGUGGCCAACACGCGGGUGGUGGUGUGGUCGAUAGUGGAGAUCUUCAUUAUUGUCGCGAUGGGCGGUACCACGAUGUUCUAUUUCCGUAAGCUGUUUAGCUCAAAGCGUGUGGUUUGA